GAUUGCCUCUAUCUCAGCGCUCACGGCAUGUACCGGCGUCGUUUAUAAAAACCAGACAGAUUCUUUUUACCAAGCCUUGCUUGCUUUUAUGGUUUCUGUUCACGUAUAUGCAACAGCAAAUCCUAAUCAACACUCUUUUUGCUACGAUGGCGUCAGCCUUUUUAAUGAAGACAGAACUCUUUGUUUUAUUUUGUUUUUUGGUCGCCGCGGUAUUUUUCGAUCCAGCAUCAGCGAUUGCGGACAAUGAAGACGUAGAGAUAACGGAAGAUCUUUUCAACACACCACUCAGCUUUUCGGACGUAAACGCUAUUGCCAAAACCGGACCUCGGCUAUGGCCCAACCCCACCGCCAUCCCUUAUUACAUGAGCACGUAUAGCCUUAAUCAGACAGAACAGCAAGUGGUUUUGAAAACUCUUCGCACAAUGGAGAGAAGGACGAAAGGCUGCAUCUUGUUCAAGCCCAGAACAAAUGAAACUGACUACCUCUACUUUCAAGGCAGCAGCACCGGAAAGUGCAGUACGGACCUUGGAAGAACAGGCGGUUAUCAAGAUGUUAACCUGGGAAGUCCGUCGUAUUUAUCAUCCUAUUACACUAGCCCAUGCUUCAGCCCAGGUGACAUCCAGAUGGUAAUCAUGCGUGCUCUAGGAUUCGACUACGAACACAAGCGCCCAGAUCGUGACCAGUAUGUGGAAGUACGCAACAGCAGCAUUGACAGUGACUAUUUUUACUCUUCCUAUGCGAUCAAUCCAAAUAUGUACACAUUUGGAACCAAGUACGAUUACGAAUCCAUCCUGCACUACUUCACGUGGGCUAACGCUCUGGGACGAAAUCCUGGCAUGAUAGCCAGAAAAGGCCUCACAGCACGAAUGGGGAGAAGAAAGAAACUCAGUCCGACAGACGUUGCAAAGAUCAUGCUUGCCUAUAACUGCCCGCCAAACGUUACUCGCGGCACAAAACAGCCUAAUGCUGACGACGACUUCCCCAAGUUCUCCCUUGAAAAAAUGACCGACGAGGAGUGUGGCGCACAGUUCAACCGCUAUUGCAAAUCCGACAUCACCACUACAUUCAACUGCACCGACCGCACUGAUUUCCGGAUUGUUUGCCGGUCAAACGCAUCGCUGAACAUACUUGCGCGAAUGGCAGUGGAUAUGGCUGAACCACCGCUGCGAAUGGUUUCCAUGGAUUUGGAAGAACAGCUGAUUGUUAAAUACUCUUUUGCGCCAAUACAACGCCAAGUCGUCAAGCUACAGCUGCGCAACUGCACCACGGAGCGCGUGACAUCGAGGUUGGUCGAUCUUAAUUUCACCAGUAUGCUGGAUUUUCAACUGUACGACGCUCGCAAUUUGGUCAUUGUUAAGAAGGAUUUUACCACCUCCAAGCGGCUGCGAAUAGUCAUAUUUUACAACACCACCAUAAAAACCAUGCAACAAGAAACUUUUACCGAUUUGCCAAACCUGCAGAUACUGUCACUGGAAGCGCUGUUUGAGGACCAAAAAUACUACAAUUUUGACCAGUCUUUCCGAAGCUUCUUGCAGAAUCUUCACUGCAGCUGCGAGUUUGCUUGGUAUCGUUCAUGGUGGCGCAAGAAUAAAAAGUUGCGGAUGCGUGCCCAAAUCGGCGAUAUAUAUUCCUUCGAUGGUCGGUACUCGGAUGAAGUCUUCGAUAGCUCUGGAUUCGGCAAGGAGGAUCUCUAUCAUCCUGUAAAUUGUCGCGCUGAUCCGUUUCCUUUCGGCACGGAAUGGAUUAAUUACUAUACACAAAUUGAUUACUCGGUUAACGAGCCGCCUUGCGAUGCGUCAAUUAUGCACGGGAGCAACGCAGUCACUACGGCCAAAAUUACAAUGGUCACGAAAUCGCCAUCAACUACAAAAACCACAUCGUCCGUCAUCUUUUCUUCUACCGGUGAGCCAGUUCCUGCAGAAACCGUUGCAUCAGACAGCAUUAAUUCUACGAACGAAUCGAUUCCCCUGGAAAGCUCAACCACAGCUAACAACAGUUCUCCCAACGAAACGAUUCCUGAACAAACCAUGGCACCAGUGAACGACCCUUCUACAAACGAACCGCUUCCUACAACGGCGUCCGAAUAAUUUUUUCUCUUAAUUCAUUAAUGCCACAGCAAAUUGAUUCCCUAAAUGUCUUUAUUUAAAUGGAAUAACUGAAUAAUUUUUCUGUCAUCUGUUUUGAGUCGCUCUUCGUCACGGAAAAAUUCAAACAUGAAAUGUCACGUCGCUGCGGUAAUCAGAGGAAACCGUACGGGUGUUUGUUCUGCCCAUUCUGUUUUGGUUUUCAUCUUUUUACUAAAUUUAAUAAGAACGAUCUGAGUUAUUCUCGUAAUUAAAUGCGUGUACGUA